AUGGAGGCCGAUAUCUCGAAUCUCUAUGAUCUCGACGAGAUUGAAGCGGUGGACGAGUUGGACAAGGAACUCUCGGCUCAUUAUACCCAAUAUUGUCAAUCGAUUAGCGACAAGUCAGAGUUGGAGAUCCACAACAUUCUACAACAAAAGGCCUCCCAAAGUCGACGCGAUUACACAGAGAUCGUGUCAGCCCUCUUGUAUGGCGCUUUGACGGAGCCAGAAAAUGCCCAGACACAUUUUAAUAGUCUCACUCUGGUGAAUCGUGAUCAAUUUGGCAUUGUCAUCAAUCGAAUCCAUAUCCUUGCCAGCAAUACAAGGUUUCAUUUAUUAAAGCCGCGUACGCGAGAUCAGAUGCUAUGGUUGAUCAACGAACUCACGACAUUGGAUGUGCAAGCGAUUGAGAAUAUCUAUUUGAGUCUACUGCGUCAAAUUCGAUCCGGCGAUAUGAGUUCCAACAAUACCAACUUUUCAUAUCAGCUACUCAGACUAUGCGAACAUCAUCGACGAUGGCUUCAUCUUCAUCCAAGAAUCAUUGCCAUUGCUGUCUACACCUAUCUACGUCAAAUUCCCGAUCACCGCACGGGCCAACUGUCACAAUUGCAACAGCGAGAGAUCAAAUUUGUCACCAGCCUAAUGCGAGAAAAGUGGAUGGCAUGUUGUGUCAUUGGACGGGAUCUCGUACGCCUUUUACAAGAUGUCUCCUCCAUUCCAGAGUUUCAGCAGCUAUGGCAUGAUCUGUUGAAUGAACCACAAAAGCUUUCGCCCAUGUUCAAAGGUAUUACCACCUUACUUCAGACACCCACGCCUAGGGAAUAUUUACGUUGCAGGUUGACGCCUGAUAUGGAACACAAGCUAUUGUUUAUUCUCCAGAAUCUGCGAAACGGCCAUUAUCAACGCAACCUUGGAUGGUUCAUGCAACGCUAUCUCCUUACAGCCGAAUCAUUCUAUGUCGAUGUGAUCCGUUACAUUGUGGCUGGAUGGUAUCCUUCAAAUCAAAUCUUGCAAAGUGAUAUUGUGCCACGCUAUGUUGUCAUUGGCAGUUUGCUCCGAGCGAUCAAGAAUCCAGUGGUCGCUGCCAAUGUCAAGAUUGCUUUGAUUUAUGACUGGCUUUUCUUCAAGGAGAAUGAUAACAUCAUGUUUAUUGAGCCAUCAAUGCUUCUUAUGGAACGAUCGGCUGAACGCUAUCCUUACAUCACCGCCAUCAUGAUGGAAUUCCUCAAACACGCUGUGGAUGAGUACUACCCGCCAUUGAAGGAUUACAUGGAAAAAUGCGUCGCUUGUGGUAUGCGUGUCAUGUUGGAAAAGGGCGUUAUCAGGAGCCUUAUGCCGAUCUACAACUGCUCAUUAACUGAAAAGUCGACACGUGAUUGCAUGCAAGCACUCUUUUCGCCUUUCCUCACAUCCAAAGAAUCGACAUCAGCAAAUAACAACGCCUCGUCAUUACCACAAAUGCCACCAGCAGCUUCCAUAUCCAGCCCCAUACUCCAAUCACCCUCCAUGUCUUCUUCUUCUUCCAACACGCCGACGUCUCAACGACCCAUUCCAGAUACCACCACGAUUAAGACUGAGGAAGAACAACAACAGCCAUCUAUCAAUGAAAAUCAGAAUGGUGCGAUGGAAGGAUUAAUACAAGGAGAUGAUGAUGUUGUUGUUGCUCGUUAUCCUUAUGGUGAAAAUGACACGAUGGAAAAGGAAAAGACACCUCCACCUAGCGACCACCAACCUGCAGCAGGAGAACCAAUGGUGAUUGAGCAAGGGGAUCAAGAUGCCCAAGUCAUGGAGGGUGUAUCGACUGCAGAAGAUAUUCCACAGCCAGUGAUCGUGACAACAAGCAAGGUGAUGGAUUCAAGUCAAUCUUAUAUGAUGUUUGGCGACUCUAUUGUUCGAUUCCAAUCGGCCUGUUCAUCGCUCGUAUCAGGUCUUGAAGAUGAAGAAGAAAAACAACUCCAAAUGACCAUUGCAAAGCGCAGCUUAAGAGAGGUGCUUGAUGUCUAUUUACGCAUGUCACUUUCUGGAGAAGCAUUGGCAUCGAGCAUGGCUGAACAAAUCUACCAGAUAUCCGACAUGACCCUUUUGGAGCAUGCAUUUACAAUCACGAGUGACAAUUUGGAUGAUGUGAUCGUCGAUAGCUCACAAGAUUUGAUGGAUGUUCUCAUGACGACGCUUUGGUCUGCACACAAAAAAGAGGAUACGUCAGCUCGCACAAAGAUGAUGGAUCUUCUAUCAGCGCUUACAAAGUCAAUCAAUAACAACAAUCGACAUUUGGUUGGGAUGCGUUGGUGGUCCUUUUUUGCAAGUCGACUAUCACAACAACAAGAAGCAAACACUUGGAUAGCAAGUAUGAUCGACUUGUAUCGGAUAUUGGUAUCGAAGGGAUAUGGCAUGGCGGACGCUGGCUUGUCUGAAUGCUUGACACUCGAUAUGCAGCUUCUCGCAGAGGUGAAUACCCAGUAUACCUUUGACAUUCUACCCUUAUUGUACGAAUACAUGCCGGCCUAUACCAUUGGCAACGUUGAAUUAAUCAAACUGCUGGCAGCUAUGAUUGUUCCGGAUCAGCUUGGGAAUAUGGUAUCCUUCAUUCAAGCAGGGAAAAUACAAUGUUUUGGCGAGAGUAUCAAUACCAGUUUCCUUGUGUCAUCAUUUGCCAUGGAGACCUAUGAGACCAUUACGAUAUGGGAAUUAUUAUCAGCAGAAUUACGAGGACGUCAGGAACGGAUAGAAGAGUUUCUCAAUAGCCCCGAAACCAUUAAUCUAUUCCACACGCAAAAUUUGAAUGAGAUCAUGCCACAACUUUUAUCAUUACUAGCGACCGCACAACCUACGAGUCUACUUGUUGAAACAUGCCUACAGCUCAUUCCAUCCUCCUCUCAUAUCGAACAACGGAAAAUCAACAUACAACUUGUCAUCAGCGCAUUAAGUUACUGGUACCGGAUCGACACAACCAAUUCACACAUACAACAAGCGAUAGAAACACUUUCCAACAUGACACGAAAUGAUCCUGAUGAAUCGAUACGCCAAUUUACAGAGUCUAUUACCCGAAUUACUAGCUAA